CCUGUUUACUAUUUAUUUUUCUCCAAGCAAUAGAAAGCAAAGAAAGUUAUGACGAGUCUUACAAAACCUAAAAACAGAGCUAAUCUUUCUUUCGUGCUUGAAGCGGUAAUAAAUUAAUAAAAUAUACAUAAUCAAUGCUCGUGUGUCACAAGCUUGAUUACGCUUUUAGGUAGGCAAGUCCCAAGCAGUAAGAACAAGAAGAAGCCCCAUUAUCGUAUUAUUCAAUAAGAAAAUAUAAAUAUAUCGACGUAAAUGUUAAAAACCGUGCACUGGUCAUGUAUGGCGUCAAUUAGGUUUCAUUUUCCAGUUUUUUAGUUGUGAGGUUGCAGAGGAGGUGUGAGGAACGUUCCCUCGAAAUUGUUGAAAAUUACUCACGCUUUGCUUUAGCAUUGAUUAUUUAGAGCUGCAUUUAUAAAAGAAAACAGCAGCAAAUUGAAAAUAAAGGAUUUUACGCAAAAAAUUGUUUACGUACACACAGCUGUGAAAUUUGCGAAAGGAGAGGAACGUCGGGAUUGACGGGAAAAGUAUCCCGUAAGAUGUAGAUGGACUUCUUAUGUUAUCCGAAAAUGUAUUUCUGCUAAAUUUUUGCAUGACAAAAGGGGCUUUUGUAUACGUUUUCAAAAAAAUUGGUGCGAGUGAUAGCAUAAGAAGAACCGGAAUGCCUCCGCUGAUCUGUUUAGCCCUUACUUUGGAGCUGUUGGGGUCUGGACGGUUUGAGCACACAUUUCUGUUCUUGUAUCAGAAAUGAUAUAAGAAACCAAAAAAAAAAAAAAAAAAAUACGUAGAAUUGAUUCGAUGGGGUAUUAAAGCCAACACAAAAGAGUGGUUGCAUAGGAAAUUUAAUAUUUUUGAUGAUAGGUAAAAUCUCUUCCAAGCUUUUCUUGUUCUUUUAACAUGUUCUUAUACAAGAAACUAAGGUUGGAAUAUUCACGAUAUUUAUUGAAGUGGUUGGAUGUGUAGACCGAAACCACAUUUGUAUUCCUAAAUCCGCACAAAAUUAAGAACGUUUCAUAAACGGAAAAGGCAAGCAAAGGCUGAAUGGAUGGGUGAUGAAUGAAUCGACAUAGGCAUGUUUUACUCUAUAUACAUGUAAAUAUUUUGUUCGUAAGGUUUGUGACUACGUCGUAAAAAUUAUAGCAGUGAACUUUUAAUUUCCUAGAUCAAGGAAAUCGUAUUCGACGUCUUCCUAGAGCCUUGCCAAUUGAGGCGGAAGAGUGAGGAAAUCCUCCGCGUUUUCAAACUGGAUUUUGUUGAAAUAAAAACUGAUUAAUUGACAAAAAACCCGAAAAUAUUAUCUACUCACUACUAAUCAAAGUUGCCUGCACUUUGUUACUCACAACACAUUAGAAUUUCAGAUAACUCCAUGCCGCAUUUUAUAUUAUCUUAGACAAGUCUGUGGCUCAUUUGACAUAACUACUAAAACAUUGCAAUUAUUGAAAGAUAUCAUAAGCAAUGGCAAAUGGGAACAUGCUGAAGAACUGAUGAAAAUCCUACGUAUUUAUGGUCAUAUAAUGAAAGAUGCUUUGCCUCAAGAGACAGUAGUCGCAAACUUAGUGCGACGUAUUCUAAAAAUCAUUAGAGAAGAGUUUGAUCUAUUGGAAGUUAAAGUGCACCAUUUGAUCGAUGACUCCCAGGCUACAUUAUCUUUACACAAAUUAGUUACUCAGACAAGCGAGUGUGAUGUGUUGAUUGAUUACACCAAACCGCGAUCCGGCUUAAAAGAGGCCAUCCUCGAUCAUUUGCAAGAGAUCGAAAAUGAAUUGGAAAUCAGUUGGGAAAGCAUAUGUGCUCAGGCAGAACAGCACGUACACUCGACUGAAGUUAUAUUAACUCUAGGUCAUUCCAAAAAUGCGGAACAUUUUUUAAAAAAAGCCAUCGAAAAACGUCAGUCACUAACCAUUAUUAUAGCAGAAUGUGCACCGACUUGCAGAGGCCAUAAUUUAGCCGCUAGUUUAGCUAGUAAAAAUGCAGAGAUUAUUGUUAUACCCGAUUCCGCCAUAUUUGCUAUGAUGUCUCGUGUCAACAAAGUAAUCAUAGGUACCCAUAGUGUUUUAGCUAACGGCGGUUUGAGAGCUGCCUGUGGUGCGUACACUGUGGGUUUGGCAGCUAAACAUUAUUCGGUACCAGUAAUUGUGUUGGCCCCUAUGUAUAAACUGGCCCCCAUACAUCUUUGUUCUUACGAGCAAGAUGCCUUUAAUUCCUUGGGUAAUGCUGAAGGAAUUUUACCGUAUGAUUGUUUAGCAGCCAGAAGUGCCAAAAUUUAUAGUCCUAUGUUUGAUUAUGUACCGCCCGAAUUGGUGACUUUAUUUAUAUCGAAUACCGGCGGCCACGCUCCUUCCUAUGUGUAUCGUUUAUUAACUGAAUUGUAUCAUCCAGACGAUUAUGAAAUAUGAUUUUUAUAUAGCAUUUCAAUUUAAUAAAACUCUUGUUCUCAUU